UCCAGAGAGGCGGAGUGCACCCCGUCCACUUCCUCGCAUUCCUUCUCCACAAACGAGUCCCUUGCGCUAAAUUGUGUUUAAAACGUGUUUUGGCGCACUCUGUGUCUUUUAAUAUGUAAGAUGUGGCUGUUAGUGGUGUAUUGCAAUAUUUUCUCAACCUCAAAUUUACAUUUGAGACUCUUUUGGAAAACUGGAUAAAAACUGACAAGGGAAAAUUCCUCCGCGGAGCGCGCCAUUGACUGUAAAGACCUUUCAACUUAACAAAAACUGAAGUUGACAAACGUAACCUGACGUUGAAACUUUGUUGUAAGGUUUUAUGUUUUCGAAGAAAAAGAUCAUGCACUGCUCCGGGAUUUCCAAGCACACUGGACGUUCAGCAAAUAGGCGACGAUGCCUGGAUUGAGCCUGCGUUUUGUUAUGAUUUCCAAGUGAAAUGCAAUUACUGCUAUCUCUCACUCGGUAGUCGGUUUGUGGACUAGUGCGCUUUUUCUCUGAACUUGUUCGUCGCCUCGGGAGCAAACCAUGGAUCACUAUGAGGAAGAUUUGGGACUCCGAGCGAGUAAAUUAAUGGAGGACCUUUCCUUAUAUGAAGCAUACAAGGAUGGAAUGUACAGUUCAAGGAGAGACAUGGUUAUCAACCCCGAUUUGGAAUUUUCGUCUCCAACGAUACCCGAGCAGAAAAGUAAGACAAUGAAUGGCAGCUCUGCGCCUCACCAACAGAUACACAGCGUUGAGAAUUACAUGUCUGGGAAUAAAGUGUACACUGCGGCUCCCGUGCGCCCCGUGUAUGGCAACAGAGCCGUUCCUGUGGAUUAUUGCACCCCUCAAAGAGACACAGUUUAUCCUAAUGAAGACAGCUAUUGCACCAAAUCCGAAAUUGCUUUGCCGUGUUAUAGCGGCGCGUCCGAGCGGCACAGGAGGUACUCAUUGGAGGUGCAGGGGCAUAGGUACAGCACUGGUAGCGCGUACGAUGGAGUGGUUUUGAACAAGCCAGUACCCUCACCUGGCAACAGAUGCAACAGUAUCUGUGUUACCACCAACCACGACGGCAGAUACAAUGCAACCAGCCCGCGGUCCAGUUUCGCAAGCUCCCUCUCCUCCCAGGAGCAAAGCAAACAUGCAAGCCCGAGGUCGAGCAUCAGUAGCCCGCGCACGAGUCUGGUGGUACCCGGGCAAGACAAGUACACUAGUCCCAGGUCCAGUCUGGUACACUGUGAAGGGAGCAGUGCCCUCAGCCCCCGGUCUAGCUAUGCAAGUACAGCCAGCGACACAAGUAAACAUUCCAGCCCAAGGGCCAGUCUGAACAGCUAUGACUGCUGCAGUAAACCCAGCAGUAACCGCACCAGCGGCAUCAGUAUGGGCUACGACCAAAGGCACGUCAGCCCCAGGUCCAGCACAGCGAGCCAGUAUUCUUGUACCACCAGUCCACGCUCUAGCUAUUCAGAUUCGCGUUACAUGCCUGUUGGGAACCAUGAUCUGGAGGGUGCAGUUUUGCAUGGCAUGCCGGUGGCCAGUCCCCGGUCAAGCAUCUGCAGCCAGGACGGGUGUGCAAAACCCGGGACAAUAGCUAAUUGUGUCGUUAGUCCCCGGUCCAGUAUCUCCAGUCACAGUUCCAGAAGUUCCCGGAGCUCCAGGGGAUCUAUGAGCACCUACCCUGAUCUCCAACUGCCUUCACCCAGGUCCUCAAUGCUGGGGACUGGUUUGCAGGAGGACAUACUAAUACAAGAUUGUGGCGAUACCAACGGUGUUCAUAGUCGUAUCCAUCUCCAAGCGCUCUCUGGGAUGCCAGAGGCCCUGCCACAGCAUGCACCACAACAGUCAACCCAGGCAGGGAUGAAUACAGAGGUGACCGCUGGAUCACCAUCAUCUUCUUAUGGGCUCCAUACGAAAACUCCAGCCUCAGGGCAGAGGUUUAAACUACCUUACCAGGUGACCCCAUGCCGGGAAAGUGGCCCAAGCCAAGCAGAAAGGAGUCUGGAAGCACUCACCUUGGAGCUGGAGAAGGAGUUAGAAAUGCACAUGAAAAAAGAAUACUUUGGUAUAUGUAUCAAGUGUGGGAAGGGUGUGUAUGGAGCCAGCCAAGCCUGUCAGGCCAUGGGGAAUCUGUACCAUACCAACUGCUUCACCUGUUGCUCCUGUGGGAGGAGGCUGAGAGGGAAAGCUUUCUACAACGUCCACGGCAAGGUCUACUGUGAAGAGGACUUCCUGUACUCUGGCUUUCAGCAGACAGCAGAGAAGUGCUUUGUAUGUGGUCACCUCAUCAUGGAAAUGAUCCUGCAGGCACUGGGCAAGUCCUACCACCCUGGCUGCUUCCGCUGUGUGGUCUGCACAGAGGGUCUGGACGGAGUGCCUUUCACUGUGGACGUGGAGAACAACAUCUACUGUGUUAAAGACUACCACACGGUCUUUGCCCCAAAAUGUGCCUCAUGCAACCAACCAAUCCUCCCUGCUCAGGGCUCUGAGGAGACCAUCCGGGUGGUGUCCAUGGACAAGGACUACCAUGUGGAGUGCUAUCACUGCGAGGACUGUGGCCUCCAGCUAAACGACGAGGAGGGUCACCGCUGUUACCCCCUGGAUUGCCACCUGCUCUGUCACGGCUGCCACAUCCGCAGGCUAAAGGUCCCGGUGCCCGCCCACCCGCCCCCCAGCUACCCACUACACGUCACUGAGCUGUGAGAGGGCAGGGUUGGCGAGGAACCAACCCCAACCCACCGCUGACCCGCCUCCCAGGUGACCUGAGACAACAAAGAAGAAGGAAUCCCCCGCCCACGGAAUCCCGGGAACUUCGGAACAGACAGACCCUGGGAGACUUCGCUCUCUACUUUCCGGCCGUGCCCUGGGGAGAGGAGAUAUACAGGGCAAUGGACAAGUCACAAGACCGGGCUGGGAGAGAGUCCACGUCUCUCUCUCUCAUCAGUUUUUUGCUCCCUCCUUCCUCCUUUUGGUCUGUGAACAGUGAAGCAGGCCGAGGCCCCAGCCCACCCAGAUGCCCUGGCUGCCGUCAGCACCGUGACCCCUGCACAUUCAUCACAGUGGGGACUGGCCUGGAUGGAGGGAGGGGGCCACUCUCUCUCUAUCCCUCUCUCCAUCGAUCUCUUUUUUCCUCCCUUUCUGUUUUCUUCAUUCCUUCGCACUGAAGCCCAAUGCCAUGAUGCAUUUACUGCUCCUCUGUCAGAGAGAGAGAGAGAGAGCAGGACAGCGUCUCUGCCAGGAGGCUGGGAGGCCAUGAAACAGGCCGCUACAUAACAUUCCAGCACUGUCUGGCAGGGUUAGAGGGUUGGACAUGCUGCGCCUUCAGAGUGGCCUUCCACUGAGAAACCUCACCGCAUGGUGACAGUGACAAUGCCACAGUUCAGCUAGCUACGGCUCCUUUUGGCUAUGCAAGGGUACCGAGUCUACCAGCAACAACCCGAGCUCCUUCAUGUGACUCUGUGACACACUCUCCUGUACCAUCCCUUCAUGUGACUCUGUGACACACUCUCCUGUACCAUCCCUUCAUGUGACUCUGUGACACACUCUCCUGUACCUUUCCUUCAUGUGACUCUGUGACACACUCUCCUGUACCUUUCCUUCAUGUGACUCUGUGACACACUCUCCUGUAACUUUCCUUCACGUGACUCUGUGACACACUCUCCUGUACCAUCCCUUCAUGUGACUCUGUGACACACUCUCCUGUACCAUCCCUUCAUGUGACUCUGUGACACACUCUCCUGUACCAUCCCUUCAUGUGACUCUGUGACACACUCUCCUGUAACUUUCCUUCACGUGACUCUGUGACACACUCUCCUGUACCAUCCCUUCAUGUGACUCUGUGACACACUCUCCUGUAACUUUCCUUCACGUGACUCUGUGACACACUCUCCUGUACCUUUCCUUCAUGUGACUCUGUGACACACUCUCCUGUACCAUCCCUUUGCUCCAGUGCUACUUGGCAUAGCGGAUGUUCGUGGCACCGCAUGUGCUGUCAGGAGCCAGUAGCCACAGCGCUAGCCUGGGCUGGCACUCAUUCCACUUAGCAGUCUUAGAAGACGUGACCUCGAGAGAUUCACAAGUGUCUCAACGAUUAUAUAAUGAGAAAAAAAGUUAGAAGCACGUAGAUUGUCUUUUAUACAUGCCUAUAUAUUUUGCAGACAUUUUCCACAUAAGAUUCUAGAAGUGUAGUGUAUUUUUUUGCUGCAUUAUUAUCAAAUGGAAUCGGAGGCCAAACGAGCUGUCACAGUCUUAACGGUCCUCUGAAGGGUAUUGGUCCGUUGUUUAAUUUCUCCUCAAGGACACGUCCUAGAGGCCCCUGUGUUGUCGCUCUGCUUGGUCAUGCGAUCCACUGACCUGUUAACAUGUACAGUUCCACACACUGGUUAUUUGACCCAUAUGGUAGCACUGAGUAAGUGAGUGUCUGACCAGCGAGAGUCCCCACAUAUCCUCCUCAUGCAGACGUUACUGUGUCAUACCUACUGGUUGAUCUGAUUGUCUGGUUGGUUGUGGGAGUUGCUGGUCCAAACCGUGUCUCUGGAGAAUCCAUCCCCCGUGUUUUCCCUCGCUGGUUGUGUUGUUGUGUGCGUCUGUGUGUGUGUGUGUGUGUUAGUCUGUUGGUCUAUAGACACUGAGUGUACAAAACAUUAAGAACUGCUCUUUCCAUGACAUAGACUGACCAGGUGAAUCCAGGUGAUGUCACUUGUUAAAUCCACUUCAAUCAGUGUAGUUGAAGACAGGUUAAACUGGAUUUUUAAGCCUUGAGACAAUUGAGACAUGGAUUGUGUAUAUGUGCCAUUCAGAGGGUGAAUGGGCAAGAUAAAAUAUUUAAGUGCCUUUGAACGGGUUAUGGUGUAGGUGUCAGGCGCACCGGUUUGUGUCAAAGACUGUAAUGGUGCUGGGUUUUUCCCGUGUAUAUCAAGAAUGGUCCACCAGCCAAAGGACAUCCAGCCAACUUGACACAACUGUGGGAAGCAUUGGAGUCAACAUGGACCAGCAUCCCUGCGGAACACUUUUGACACCUUGUAGAGUCCAUGCCCUGACAAAUUGAGGCUGUUCUGAGUGCAAACGGGGUGUAACUCAAUAUUAGGAAGGUGUACUUAAUGUUUGGUAUACUCAGUGUGUACAGAAGUGUGUGUGUGUGUCCUGUGUGCACCAGUGGCAGUGCCAUGGUGCAUGUACCUUGUUGAGUGAGCAGGACAACGGCCACCCAGCUCCACAAAACGACCCAUGCUCUCUCAAUCUCUCUCCAACAGAAAGGAUGGGUUAAGGUUCUGACUCAGGCCUACCCAGUACCUGCUCACAGUAGCCUAGUCAGAGGAACUGUCCUCUCAUACUACUGAAUCUAACAGACAAGGAGGCUGACGUAGAGAUUACGGAGAGGAGGGGCCGACAGGCAUCAUGUGCUUUCUGAUGUAUCCCUCGAUGAGAUUCUUUGGAAUGGAAUUAUUAGUGUAUGUUUGGCAAACUGUUGUUUAUUUUUUGCUCUGCUUCCAGUUGUACAUUUGCAAAAGUGAAAAGGCUAGUAUUCAUGGAGUACAUGUUUUUGCUGGGAAAUUCCCUUUGAUGGUAGAUAAACUGAAUCUCAGCAUAGUAUGAUGAGACUCCUAGUCAAGGAAUGUGUAAUAUACUUGAAGAAUGAGGCAAUGGCAUUUUCUGAACUGUAGUUUGAAUAGUACAAUAAGACCCACAAAUUUCAAUCUCAAAUCAUUUUUCAUUAAAGCAGAACAUUUUUAAACUUGACAAGAGUUGAUCCCCUUUCAGGAUGUCUUAAUACACCUCUUUUUAAAAAUACUACUUCAAUUCCAUUUCUAUUGCAUAGCACACAGCUAGUUUCCCCAUACCUGUGCAUAAAGAGGCUAGUUAUUCUUUCAUCAUAAAUCACUCUGAAAGUGAAGUCUUCUCUCUCCUACCAGUAGUUUUCAAUAAGCACAUAUGACACCUCUGUCACAUCACUUUUGUAUCACUUUUGUAUAAGUGUUUGAUUACCUAGAUGGUUCAUAAAAAAGGAAACUAGAUUUAUUUAUCUAAACAUGAAAAAGUCAAAAGUUAUUUAAUGUAUUAAAAAUCAGGACGUAUCAUUUAACUGUAGAUUAUAUAAUCUGCUUUUUAAAUAAAGUGGUUUUGUAGCUAACUUAAACCAAAUGAUGAUGUAUUUUUGUUGUUGAAUGUGAAGUCAUAUGAUAAUUUCUAUCCAAAUGAUGGCACUUUGUUGAACUACAACACAAAUACCUUGUUACCAUACUAUUACCAUGUUAUUACCAUUUUAUUGCAUGUUGUAAUGUAGUGCUACCAUUGGACAUAAUUCAACAACGAAAUGUGGUAAACCUGGGAAGGAUAUGGGAAUGAUUUAGCCUGAACUUGGGAGUGAUAUGGACAACUGACUUUCCCGUGGCCGUGCCUUGUCUCCCUGUGGAGAAGAUGGAUGCUUACAAAGAUGAAAAAUCCCAGCUCUAGAUGAAAGUCCCAUGCUGUUGUUCAUGCCUUCCAGUUACCUCUGUGUACUCAGAGAUGUUUGUUCUAGAAAGAUAUCAUCGUCAGAUCAGAGCUACUGCAAUUGUGGUGUGUAAUUACAUCCCCGCACGCAAGUCUCUCCAGCAAGUGGUGUGAUGGAGGAUCCCUCAGAGAGCAGAGCAAAGAGCAGCCCCCACCGUGGUAUGUACAGUAUGAUAGCUCUGCUCCUGACAGUCAUCACCGAUAGGGCAGUCUCUGGGGUAUUGUUGGCUCUGGAAGUAAACAGUCCAUCUGCACUUUACUGGAAUCAGAGGCCAUAUGUAUCAAGCAUCUCAGACUGCGAUUGCUGACAUCAUUUUCCAUUUGCCCAUUGUGAUCUAUAAGCAAAACAGAUCCUAAAUCAGCACUCCUAUUCUGAGACGCUUGAUACUUACAGCCCCAGACCCACACUACUGGGCUUGUCAUGGUUACUAAGUUUUAGUUAUGAUGAGUUGGGGUUGACCAUCAACUCACUCAACAAGUUCUGAAUCAUAAAACGAGGUAGAAGCAUCUAACACAGACAAUCGUCUCUGGGUCUGUUUCUGCUCAUUUACCCUUUGUUUUCUGUCUAUAAUCAGGUUUAAAUAACACUACAGGUAUUAUAAACCGAAUCAAAUUAGCAAACUGUCUAGAUGAACAAGAAGAUGGCACCCCCACGGUUUCCUAUUGUACAAGUGAGAGGAUUUAAGACUCUUAAAUUAACGUCCUGUUGGACCAGAUUUGUGCCAAUUGGAGCAUAAAGUAGGAUGAUUACUGUAAUGCUCCUCUUAAACUCUUAAGUGAAUGAAUCCCCCAGCUCUAUAAUACCUCACAAUAACCACACGCCUGGAGGAGGACCCUCAAGUACACUGUACAAAUACCACACAGUCACACAUUGGGCCUAUGGAGAUUUGGUUUGCAAAGAAGUGGUGUUUGAUAUAUCUUUCUUUGUGACAGUCUCUGAGGUUGUUAAGUGUGUGUCAUCCCACUUGACAUUUUAUCAUUGAUCUUUUGGCAUCACAUUAGGUCAGAAAUAAUCACAUAAGCAGAUACUUAAAAAAAAAAUAUUCACUAUUUGCUGUGAUUGCAGCAUGAGAUUCUCUGAGAUGACUUGUAUUCCUUCAUUUGGGUCAUGUCAUGCUCAUGAUUAGAUGUUUAUAGAGAAGUAAUAAUACUUUUACAUUUGUAAAGAACUUUUCAUUAUAGAUGAAAAAUCUCAAAGUGCAUAAAAUAAAAUAUAAAUAAUACAAUGACUAUGAGGUUAAAGUGCAGACUGUCAGCUUUAAUUUAAAGGUAUUGUCAUCCAUAUCGGGUGAACCGUUUAGAAAUUACAGUUCUUUUGUACAUAGUCCCUAUUUAAUGGGACCAAAAGUAUUGGGACAAAUUCACUUAUACAGUAUGUGUAUUGAAGAAGUCAAAAGUUUAGUAUUUGGUCCCAUAUUUCUAGCACACAAUGACUACAUCAACCUUGUGACAACAAAUUUGUUGGAUUCAUUUGCUGUUUGUUUUGGUUGUGUUUCAGAUUAUUUUGUGCCCAAUAGAAAUGAAUGGUAAAUAAUGUAUUGUGUCAUUUUGGAGUCACUUUAAUUGUAAAUAAGAAUAUAAUAUGUUUCCAAACACUUC